GUUUUAUUGUUUUUCAAUUUUUUUUAAAUCUGUCCUCUAAAUUUUGUCCAAUUUUCUCAUCAAAUCUUUCUAAGAAUGGCAUCUUCAUCAAGAUCUUGUUCUUCAUCCGAGAACAGGAACACGAUAACCCUAACGAGCUCAGAUGGAUUGACCUUCGAAAUCGAAGAAAACGUGGCAGUGCAAAUGAAAACAAUCCGUAAGUAUUUAAAAGAUCUGCCUGUCAACCAAAGAAAGUUUCGGGUGCCGACAGUCACCGGACAUGUACUAGCGAAAGUUAUCGUCUACUGCAAAAAGCAUGCGGAAAACCCGAAUUAUAUUCAAGAACUCAAGAUUUUGGAUAAAAAAUCUGUAAACGAAAAUGAUCAGUAUGCACUUUAUAAUUUAGCAAAUGCUGCAAAAGAUUUGAUAGUUAAGUCAUUGAUGGAUUUGACUUACGAUACUGUGUUUGCCUGCUUGGAAUCCAACAAGAGUAGGAAGAGAAUUAUGAGGUUCAUUUCUAAUUGUUUUUCUUGGUUUUAG